AAACAGCAGCAAUUCUGCCAAAAUGGAUGACGUAGAAGCAGCCUUGAAGAAGAGAGCCAGUAUCCCAAUGCACGUGGUCGGUGGCAUCGCAGUGGUAUUGAAUCUUCUCGUGGUGGUGGUGUUUGCUCGAACCAAGCAACUCCGCAUCAAGUACUACGGCUUCGUCUUCAACCUCGUACUCGCCGACAUCGCCUUCCCUGCCAUACUGAUCACUAUGGUCCACUUCAAGCACGUGGCUACGGUUGUUGCUCUAGCUCGGUCUUUUUUCUUGACCGGGCAGCUCAGCAUCUUAGCCGUCGCGGUGAAUCGUUUGCUCGCGCUGUCUCUGAUGCCGCCUGCCCGCUAUGACGCCGUAGUGACACCCGUCCGCAUGGUGGUCGCAUGUCUCCUGAUUUGGAUCCUAUCUGCUGUGCUUUUCUUACCUACGACGUACCUCCAAGACCCUACCAUCAACUGGCUGAUCCAAGCUCUGCUUCCCAUUUUUAUUCUGAUCAUCACUGCGGUUCUCUACCUUGUGGUCUUCCGUAAGAUCUCCAAUUAUACGCCGCCACUGGCGUCCGCCGCUGGAACCAGUAACAUAGAUGGACAGACUGGUACCCGCUUGCGCCAAACUCGUCACCUUAUGGUAACGUUCACGAUCAUUUUCGUGGCGUCUGCUGUCUGUUGGCUGCCAUUUUGUGUGGGUUUUUUCAUCAUGUUCGCGCACGGCGAACCCACCUUGUCGGUUGUGGUAUUCCUGCUGUACAGCUAUGCAGCGUUGCUGAUGAAUUCCGUGCUCAACCCUUUCAUCUACUUUUGGCGUUUCCGAGAGGGGCGGGAAGGUUUCUAUAGGUUGCUGUGCGCAUGUUCCAGUCGCUGGAAGCACCAGGCGGAAACGGAUGCGAGCACAGUAGCAGAAACCGAAAUGUUACAUUAG